AUGCUAACUUUUCAUAAUGUCUGCUCAGUACCCAGCUCCUUCCAGCUCACUGGCAUCCCAGGACUGGAAUCCCUGCAUAUUUGGCUCUCCAUCCCCUUUGGCUCCAUGUACUUGGUGGCUGUGGUGGGGAACGUGACCAUCCUGGCAGUGAUAAGGGUAGAACGUAGCCUGCACCAGCCCAUGUACUUUUUCCUGUGCAUGCUGGCUGUCAUUGACCUCGUUCUCUCUACUUCAACUAUGCCCAAACUUCUGGGAAUCUUCUGGUUUGGUGCUGGUGACAUUAGCCUUAAUGCCUGUAUGAGCCAAAUGUUCCUUAUUCACUGCUUUGCCACUGUUGAAUCAGGCAUCUUCCUUGCCAUGGCUUUUGAUCGCUAUGUGGCUAUCUGCAACCCACUCCAUCAUACCACAGUACUCAACCACAUGGCAGUGGGUCGGAUUGGGCUGGCUGCCCUCCUGCGGGGCAUUCUCUACAUUGGCCCCCUGCCUCUGAUGAUCCGCCUGCGGCUUCCUCUUUAUAAAACCCACAUCAUCUCCCACUCUUACUGUGAGCACAUGGCUGUAAUCUCCCUGACGUGUGGUGACAGCAGGGUCAACAACAUCUACGGGUUGAGCAUUGGCUUUCUGGUGCUGAUCCUGGACUCAGUGGCUAUUGCAGCUUCCUAUGUAAUGAUUUUCAGGGCUGUGAUGGGGCUGGCCACUCCUGAGGCCAGGCUUAAAACCCUGGGAACAUGUGGUUCUCACAUCUGUGCCAUCCUCAUCUUCUAUGUUCCCAUUGCUGUUUCUUCUCUCAUUCACCGGUUUGGUCACCAUGUGCCUCCUCCAGUCCACACUCUGCUGGCCAACUUCUAUCUCCUCAUUCCUCCAAUCCUCAAUCCCAUUGUCUAUGCCAUCCGCACUAAGCAGAUCCGAGAGAGGCUUCUCCAAAUCCUGAAGAGAGAAGCUAAGAUUAGUUGA